AAAAUUAGUUUAAAUUAGCCGGUUAGGGUAGUAUAGCUAUGCGGCCUAUGGCCUACAGUUUUUAGGCUAGAUCUAGAUUUCUCUACUGCUAAAUCUGUAAGUAGGCAUCAGCCUAGCUAGAUCUACUGAAAAGUGCUUUCUCUGUUAAAAUAUAAGCUGUUUUUUACAAAAUUAAAUUAGGCGUAGGGCUACAUUUGACUAAACUAAACUUAUUAAAACUACCCUCGAUUUGGGGUAAUCUCUUGUUAAUUGUUAUGGUGACGGUUAUUAUUCUGGAAUGGUUUAGUAGUAAAAAUGUAAAAAAAACAGUAGCACAAUGGCUCACCAUCAGUCACACCUUUCCGGGAUCCACUGUCUUAGUCAUGUUAUUUAGUGACUGCUGAAAUCAUGGAUGAAAGAUCUUACAGCAGUCUGAGUAGACAUGGCUUAGGAUCAAGCUAUUCGUAUUUGGAUGGAGUUCCAUUUAAGAUUAGCACAAAUUUUAGGCUAAAUCCAGAGGUGGUUACACAGCCUGAACUAAUUCAACCAAUCAGAACAUUUACUGAAGAAUAUACAUUUGAAACUGAAGAAGGAGUUUUGGCAUGGGCCAAGGCAAGAGAAGAAGCAAUAAAACAGGCAGAAUUAGAAAUAGCAGAAAAACAAAAGCUACAAGCUGCUGAAAGAGAAAAACUAGCAUCUGCACAAGACGCUCAACAAGACACGAGUGUAGAAGAAAAUGGCCAAAACAUGUAUGAUGUACCAAUCAAUCAAGUGGCGCUACCUGAAAAACAUUCUCUUCAGCCUAAAGCUUCAGUUGAAUUACCUAAACCCACUGUAGGGAUUAAGUCUGCUUCUGAGCCAGGGAUGAUCUUAAAGCCAACACCAAUACAUUCAUCUGUGUCUAAAAAGUCAGACUCCCCAGAUACCAACCAGAUAGAUGUAUCUAUGUUUGAGUCUGAAGCUGACCCGUUUGAUAAUCUAGAGCUGCAGACCAUCAAUGAAAUGGAGGAAUUGAAAGUUGUCUUGGAUUCAUCUUCAAAAUGUACUCCAGCCAAUGGUGAGAGCCUUGCAGCUUAUGGCCAAUCAGCUGUAUCCUUGCCUCACUUACCUCAACCAAUACAAGACGCUGACACAUCCAACAAUGGCUUUUAUGACACUGCCACUGUGGUACCUGAAGAUUCAAACUGGGCAGAUUUUUCUGAAGAUAGAUACGAAAAUUUAGAAGAGGAUGGUACAAUUUCAGAAAAUACUGACAAUAAUUUUGAAAACAAUUUUGUAAAUUUAAAUCCUGCUGUGGAAACAACUGAAGAUGAGUAUGUUGAGAUCAACAAUCAGGCUGUCCUCUUCCAAAACAAUUCUGGUGUUAUAAAAUCUCCAAGUCCAACAGGCUGGGGGCAAGCUAACCCAGCGUUGGCUGUAAAACCAGCAUCUAACUUAGCCAACAGUAAAAUUUACAAACCUGUGCUGCCCCCUAUAAACAAACCAGAUGGUGUUGCUGAAACAAACCCUUUUAAAACAAACAAUCCAUUCCUUCCAUCAGUUGAAGGAAGCAAUCCAUUCCUACCAAAUACUCUACAUAAUUCAGACCCUAGCAGCUCAUUAGACAAACAGGGAAAGCCUAUUCCACCACCCAUUUCCAAGAAGCCAAUUCUGCGUAACAGGCAAUCAGGUUCUGGAGCGAGAAUGUGGUCAUCUGUAGACCCAUCUAUGGCUUCAUCUUUUGAUGAGAGCAGCCAAAAGCUUGAACAUUUAAAUAAAAACCCUUACAGUAGGCAUAGUUUGUCAAGCACAGAUCUACAGUCCACACGAAGUAGUUCGGAGGAAUUGAGGACAUCACCUGUUUUAAAUUCUUUACCUGCCUUGUCAAAUAAUGUUGUACUUCAGCCCUUAAACAAACACAGACCUCUUCCACCUCCACCAUCUCCGAAACCCAAACUUUCAUAUAACACAAGCCAGCCCCAGGCUGUUAAAGAGAUUGGAUUGGGUGAUCCUUAUCACAGUCUUUCAAGAGAGGCCCAAAUCUUCACAGAUAAUCUUACGUCUAUGGGUUUUCUAAGGGCCAGAGUCGCCCGUGCUGUGGAGAAGUUUGGUCAGGAUGAACGGGAGGUACUUGACCAUCUGCUUGCAGUAGAUCAACUUGUUGAAAAAAAAUAUGCCCCUGUCAUUGUGGAAUCUGCCUUACAUAAAUUAAAGAACAACACAGAAAAGGUGGAAAAGUUUCUUGAAAUGUAUAGCCAGUUUGCUGAGCUGGGUUUCAAAAGUGAAAAAAUUUGUGAGGCUUUGUUUGAAACAGAUAUGGAUCACGACAAAUCUCUUGAUAUGUUAACUGCAUAAGCUGAAAUAUUUGAUGUAAUCUCUGGAUGCCCUGAAAUAAGUAACACUGGAUGUGCUAAAACAAUGAGUAAAAUCUUCUGGCAUUAAACAAUGGAUAUUAACCUUGUGGAUUACUUAAACCAGGAAAUAUAAUCCUAUGGAUGACGAAAACUGAGAAGGUGAAAAAUAGUGAGUGUUUAUUCUUUGGAUAUUUUCCAACAGAUUUGUUGAUUUGUCUGUGACAGAGUGCACCUGUUUAUCUCUCUCAAUGUUGUUCAAACAGUGAAUUGCUAGUCAGUUUUGUAUCAGUUAUCAGAAUUAGAUUUUAAAUGGAUUUUUCAAUAGUAGUAUCAUUCUUUGUAGAACUUACGGUUACUUAAGUAGGAAUGAGGCUGAUAAAUUAAAAUCAGUUUACUGAAUAUUUUUUACUUAUGUCUAGCCAAAUGAUUAUAAUUUCUAUCUGUUUUUUUUUUUAAAAAGGUAUAGAAUGUCAAUUCUUUUUCUAUCUGUAGCUAUAUCUUUGUGUAUAGGAGAAUGUGCGUUAAUGUUUUACUUUUGUUAAAAGAGUAUAAAAUACGUUAACUAAUGUUUAAAGUACUAUGAAAACUUUUUAAAAUUAUUUUAAAAUAUGAAUGUUUUGCAAGAAGCAAAACAUUAUUUUUUUUGUUCAUGUAUUAUUUAUAGAUAAAUGUUGCAAGAAAUUAUUUAAUUAUCUUCAACAUUCUCAAACAUCUCAUCAAGUAUCUUGGUGUCUAUGUGAGCCUUAAUUAAGUGUUGUACAUUAUUACCAGGCUGAAGUUUUCUGUAUGAUUAAUGCUUCAGCUAUUCAUUAAACAUAUUUUUGUUUUGUGGAGGUGUGCCUCUGCUUGUGCCACUGCAUAGCCUGACCAAGCAGUGGAACGGUUGUCUGGUGGUCAUCACAAAAUAUCCAAGGUGUUUUUAUCAACAGCAGAGUUUUCAGUAACCUCACACAUUUUUUUUACAUUAAGUAUAUACCAUACUGUCCAGUAUACAUUUAUCACUAAUUAAAUGUUUAAUUGAUCUAGUCAUGACUUACGUCCAACUAGUGCAUCAUUCUGUGAGUCAAUUUUAAAUUAUACAUUUAUUUGAGAGGAUACAAAAUUUGGUAGAGAAAAUGUUUAUAAUUUUAAUAAAUGCUUACUUUUAUUAAGUAGACUGACUAGCCUCUAGUUUCUCUUUAGAAUGGUGAACCAAUUCUUCUAUUGGUGUUGAUUGUAAGAUUAAGUAAGAGAAGUUGUCCUUUUAUAAAGCUAAUUAAUUCACACCUAUAAACCUUUUUAUCACAUUAGUCGCUAUGGAUAAAAUAUGUUCUUUAAAAAUGUACAUAGAUAUCCAAUUAUACUUUUUGCUUAAAAGUGUGAAAAAAUGCUUCAAUAACACCAGCAAUACUUUGAUCCCAUUUUCUCAAUGUGGCUACCAUGUACAGCUCAGCCGGGAUGUAUGUUGCUAUGACAACCUGUGUGUGUACAUAACUGGCCAGUCAGCUCCCUGAUAUAAGAUCUGAAACCUCUAACUGGUCAAUUUUUAUCCUGCUACAAUACUCAUUCAUGUAUAAGAAUCAAGGUUUGUCUCCUGCUGGAAACACUGCAUACUUCACAUGGAGUUGCUCUGUGGUUAAAUAGUUUAGCAUAGGUUCACUACUACUCACAAAACCUUGACUGACAAACUCUUCCACAAUUCCUUCAUAGUUCCUUAGAAACAGGUGAACAUUUUCCAAAAGCCUUCAAAUUGUCAGGUAAAUCUUGAUUUAUUUUUUAUUUUUUUAAUUUAAAAUCUUGUUUAUGAGUUAGGGAAAAAUUAAACAUAAAUAAUUUUAAUAGACAUUAAUUUAAAUAAUAAUAUGACAAUGAUUUAAUUAAAGUUAAAGUGAUAUAAUUAAUAAAUUAGACCUUAUAUUAUCCAUGUUUAAAUACUGAACAUUACCAUAUUGCAAAUAACAAAGUGUAUUAGUAUUAGCGGUGCUGUAAGUGUAAUGUAUGUAAGAGCCUGACCGUUUCCUUGUGAAUUUCUUCUAAUAAGACCAAAAAUCACCUUGUAACUAGCUUUGAAAUCCAAUAACAUGUUGAAUGUAUUAAUAACAUCAGCUAAUUAAUUAAUUGUUGUUGGAUACAAAAAUUCUCUGUUACAUAACUGUGUUAAGUUUUUAAUUGAUGAAAACUAUAAAACUGUAUAAUUCAAGCGAAUAUCAAGCCUGAUUGUUUCAAUUUAAUUUAAUCAUGGCACUUCUUUCAACGAUGGUAUUAUGUACAAAACUGAUGACAGUAUUCACUGUGCUGUAGUGUGGGCUAGGUUUUGCAUUGUUGUAUCAUAGACUACUUCCCACCAUGAUUUGAUAUUCCUGUUUUAAGGCUGUGAUUGUUCCAAGACUUGUUUACAUUUGAAUGUUUAGACAUUGAUGAUAGUCACUAAGAAGUUUAACAUAAUAUAGUCACAGACCCUUUUAAUUUUUAUUCCAUGUAGAAGGUGAUUUAUAUUUUGUUUUUUUAAUUACUGAAAGUGAUUUGAUUAUUAACACUUUCAUAAUUAUCAAACAUUAACUUAGAUACAAAGGUGUUGGUUAAAGUAUAAUUUUUCAUGUCACAUCUUUAACAAGUUAAUAAAAUCAAUGUCUUUUACAAAUUUCUAUAUGCUUUAUUUUUAACUCCAUGGUCUUUUGUUCUACUUAAAGAAUGCUACAUGUUGUAUUUUUUAUUGUAUAAUUAAUAUGUUUGUAUAUUAUAUAUUUCUGAAUUAUUGUAAAAAAAAACAUGGCUUUAAUAUAUUUAUCAAUUGUUUUUUUUUUGGUUUUUUUUUUUUGCAUUGGUGUGAAAUAAAAAUUGAAUAGUAAAUGUAUAAUUGACCUCAGAAUCAUAUGUAUGUUUUAUUACCCUGACAAGAAUCACAUCUGGGGCUAAACUUUUUUCAUUUCCUUUAUGUAAUUGAAUUUAUUUAGUAACCAUAACAAAGGUGGAAUAUGAGCUAAUCAGCACACACAAAAUGGUGAGCAGAAAGUACAAAUGUUGAUGGGAUCUGCCAAUGUCACUACUUACUUUGUUAAAAUUGCAUUACCUGGUUUCAGUCACAAAUCUGUAUUUAUUAAUCAUACAUAUUAGUUUUUUAUCAUUUCUACCUUUUGAUUGCAUUUAUAGACCCUUUCCCUCCUCUCUAAAAAGAACUACCACAAGGCUCAACUUUGUUGUAGGUAUCCACUUAGUAAGUGGAUCUUCAAACUACUAUUUUUAUGUUAGGACUGAAACUGAUUUAGUACUUUAGUUUGCAUUGACUACUUUAUUAAUUUUUCUUUUCCUUGGUUUCACUUUAAAGUUCAAGGCUAUGUUCAGAUUAAAUAUCUCUGAUAUAUUUUAGGAUUAGGGCAAAGGUUUUGUUUGUAUCAGGUGUCUCCGUCAGUUAUUAAUUGAAUGGGUUGGGCAAGCAGUAAAGGUCACAAUUGCUAAGCCAAAAGUCACAAGUUUGGUUCCCGGGUUUCAUUUGAAGUA